AUGGCGAGCAUAAACUCCGCCGGCAAGAGCUCCAGAUUCUUCUCUUCGCAAUCCCACCACCACUCCACCUGCGGCCGCACCCACCAGAUCGCCACCCUCGCACUGGUUGUCGUCACUUUCUUCCUCACCAGGCUCCUCGACCGCUCCCUCGGCCCCUGCCCCUCAUCCCUCCGCGAUUCGUUCUCCGGCGGCGAUCGGAGCAGAGCGCCGGACGACGUCGUGCGGUUCGGGCUGUAUGGGACCCACCUAAAUCUGAAGAUCUACGUGUACGACGAGGACGAGAUCGAGGGUCUGAAGCUGCUGAUGUACGGGCGCGAGGGGAAGAUAUCUGCCGACGCCUGCGUUAGAGGCCAGUGGGGGACCCAGGUCAAAAUUCAUCGUUUACUUCUACAAUCAACUUAUCGGACCAGAAAGAAAGAGGAAGCAGAUCUCUUCUUCGUUCCAUCUUAUGUUAAAUGUGCUCGAAUGAUGGGUGGACUGAAUGAUAAAGAAAUCAACCAAACUUAUGUAAAGGUUUUAAGUCAAAUGCCAUAUUUCAGGAUAUCUGGUGGCCGCAACCAUAUUUUUGUUUUCCCAAGUGGUGCUGGAGCUCACUUGUUCAAGUCUUGGUCAACAUAUUUAAAUCGUUCCAUAAUUUUGACCCCAGAGGGAGAUCGCACAGAUAAACGAGACACCAGUGCCUUCAAUACGUGGAAAGAUAUAAUUAUACCUGGCAAUGUUGACGAUGGAAUGACAGCUCACGAGUCUCGGCUAGUUAACCCACUGCCUUUAUCGAGGAGGAAAUAUUUGGCUAAUUAUUUAGGCCGAGCACAAGGAAAAACUGGUCGUUUGAAAUUGAUAGAUCUCGCGAAGCAAUAUCCUGACAAGUUGGAAUCACCAGAGUUGAAAUUCAGCGGGACUCAGAAACUGGGAAGAACAGAGUAUUUUCAGCAUCUUCGCAAUGCGAAAUUCUGCUUGGCCCCACGUGGGGAAUCAUCGUGGACCCUUCGAUUUUAUGAGUCAUUCUUUGUGGAAUGUGUCCCGGUAAUCUUAUCGGAUCAAGUGGAACUUCCUUUCCAGAAUGUUGUUGAUUACAGCCAAAUCUCGAUUAAAUGGCCGUCGAAUCUCAUAGGAACCGAGCUUUUGGAUUACUUAGGAUCAAUUCCAGAUAAAAACAUCGAAGAGAUGAUCGUAAAAGGCAGGCGAGUGAGGUGUUUAUGGGUGUAUGCACCUGAAUCCGAACCUUGCUCGGCUUUCAGUGCAAUUUUAUGGGAACUUCAGAAAAAGGUAAGGAAGUUCCAUCAGUCGACCGAGACAUUUUGGCUGCACAAUGGGUCGAUUGUGAACCGAGAUUUAGUAGAGUUCAGCAAAUGGAAACCUUCUUCUAUGCCUUUGCCUUAG